AUGGCGGAAUUCAUCACAGAAGCUGAAGACAUUGUAGUUUCUUCUACCAAAGUCGAGACAAAGUCAGAAAGACUAAACACUGAGGCUGAAACCGAAGUCGAGGACUGUCGGGCAGAUGAUGCUGUUGGCCGAGAACAUGAGGACGGUAGAGAACAAGUUGUUGAUAUUCAAGAAGAAGGAGAAGAUGUAGAGGAGGACGAUGAAGAGGAUGAUGACGAAGAUGACGAGGAGGACUUGAUUGAAAAGAACGCAAUUGCUGCCGUCACGGAGAUGCUAUCCACUGCGAUCUUGGAAUCCAUCGGAGACGAGCAACUCCACGAUGCCGAAAAACCUCCUCAAGACCCUGUUCUUAGUGUCAAAGCAACGACUUUGCUUUAUGAUAUUUCCGGCAAAAUGAAUGAUCCUACCAAGAACCUUGCGGAUUUGUUGGCCGCAAUUAACCCACCAGAGGAUGGUGAAUUCAAUCGAGCCUAUAUGAUUCGUCGCAAGAAUGCUUGUGGGGCUAUGCAUUUGUUGACCGCAGAAAAGGGCAAGCAACGCAUCCAAAUCUGUUGGACCAAAGGUGUUCUGGACUCCCUCAAGUCCGUAAUGGAGGACUGUAUGGAACUCGGUAUUGAAGGCUUUCUCCCAAAUGAUCAAACCCGUGACGAAUACAAGGAUGCUCGACGAAGAGCCGUGGCCACAUUGAUGAACUUGUCGGCUGCCCAAGAAAACAGACUCGUGCUACUCCACUUUCCCAAUUUGAUUUCGUCACUCCUUUCCACCAUUUCAUCCGCACCCGAGUGCAGCAAGGGUGGAGCCGCCACCCUUGCACAUUUGUCCAAGACCAAGGAGAAUCGCCUAUUCUUGGCCAAGAUUCCUGGUCUGUUUGAUACCGUUGCUGAUAUUCUCGUUCCAGGGGCCGAUGACCAUGUCAUUGAAGGCGCCGAUGAUGAAAUGACGGUAAUAUCGCAAAUGUACGAUGAGCGUGGAGGCGCAGACCUCAAAGGAGCUCGCCAGAAUAUGUUUGCACUGCUAUUUCACUUGGGAAAAGAAAAAGACAACACUUACCACAUGGCACGAAAUGGUCGUCUCAUUGAUGCUCUGGCAGCCGUCAAUUCCUAUUUGAUGAGCGACUUUCAAGAGUACGCUAGCAAGGUGCUUGCCAACUUGUCCCGUCACCAUGGAAACACCAGGCACAUUUGUUUUCGACACCCCAACGUCAUUCAAUCCUUGGUCACUUCGUCAUACUCGUUCAAUGAGGACACUCGCAAGUUGUCAUGUCAGGCACUCCAAAAUUUUGCACAUGACCAACCUUGUCGAUUGGAGCUAUCCAAUAUGAGGAUUGUCAUUCCAUCUCUUUGCGAUCGAGUUCGCGACGGAACAGAUGAGGAAGAACGACUGUCGGCGUUACAAAGCAUCAAGAGCCUUUCCGAAGAGCCAUCCAAUUUGAUUGUCAUGUCCAAUACUCCCAAUUGUAUGCCAACCCUGAUCAUGAUUUCGGAUGGUACCGAUGAAACUGCCUCCGAGAUGAUGCGAUAUGUGGCAUCGGAUGCCUUGGCCAACUUUUCGUCGCAUUGUCGAUUGCUUGCCACUGCCGGCCACAAGGCAGACUUGGAGAACAAAGGAGAAGAGGAUCCAAAAGUGGAUCUAUUUGUUCCUACGUUCAAUGUCACAACGUGGGAACAAUGGAAGUAA